CAUCAAAACAAGCCGGCCGGAGCAGCAUGGAGGAGUCCUGUUUCUGAGGAAUUGUUGACCUUCUACAACUGUAACAUUGUCCUAGUUUCUGUUUGAGUAAAGUAUUGCAGAAUGUCAGGCAAACAUGCAGCAGUCCAUGCCAAAUGGAUCAUCGGCAGAGUAGUAGGGACCAAGAUGCAGAAAACCGCCAAAGUGAGAGUCACAAGGCUGGUGCUGAACCCUUUCCUGCUCAAGUACUACAACAAGAGGAAGACCUACUUUGCCCAUGAUGCUUUGCAACAAAGCACUGUGGGAGACAUCGUCCUACUCAAGGCUCUUCCUGAGGCCAGAUCCAAAAACGUGAAGCAUGAACUGGCUGAGGUAGUGUACAAAGUUGGUCGGGUGGUCGACCCGCUGACAGGAAAGAGCGUUGAAGGAACUGAGUUUUUGGAGCCUUUGACCGACCUUCCACUUACAGAAGAGACAACGUUAUCAGAAAAACUGCAGGAGCUCAACAUCUCUGCCACCAGCAGUGAAACUGAUUCAUCGCUUGCACAGACUCCCUCUUCAUGACGGAAAACUGUUCUUCCAUGCAGUAAUGCUAGUUUCAAUGUCACUCUGCAAUGUUUCUGUUUUAGGUAUUAAUGUAGAUAUACGUUUAUAAAUCUGUAAUCUUGUCAUACAGUGUGUAAUAUAAUUUCCAUGCUGCUUGCUUGGGUAAUUUGAAUUCAAGACACAUUUCAGAGGUAUUUACAAUAAAAUGUCAAUGGGAA